AGUAGACUCAUCGCCGCUUGCAAUUGCGCCUGCGGGAGCGAGUGGCACUUUUACUCGAAUCAUAAGAUCAAAUUGUUCCCUUCUAAAAAUGUCGUCGGCUGUCGCAGAAUGCGACACGCUGACACUCGCACAGCGCAAUGCCAUCAACAGCAUCAGACAGCAGGCACAGGGCCUGCGCACUGAGGCGCUCAGAACGAUUUCGCAUAUCAUGAACAUGUCUAAUGUCGACUCUUCAACCGCCGACGCAGUCAGAUCCGCCGUGCGCGACCACGCACACGUCGCGAUACACUUUCACCCUGACCGGCCGGUCGGGUCUCGGGUCGUUGCGCAAGCGCUGCUCGAAGACGGCGUCUACCGCAACCAGUUCGAAACGGGAAUCUCGAACGGCUUGGUAUCGACGGUGUUGGAUGGGCCUCGCGACAGCUGGGAGAAGAGCCUUUUCUCUGGGGCGUACCAUGACGGUCCGGAGCUUCGAGCGGCUGAGCGGCCCAAGUACGGCGCCUUGGACCUCACUUGCCACCCAGACGGCCCGGCCCCUCGCUUUGGUUCCUGCUACCUAGUUCUAAAGCCCGAAGUGUCGCGCAGAUCGACGUUUACCUUUGGCGGCUCGCAAGAGGACCCCAAGUUUCGAGGCACCAUUGACGAGUUCGACGCUAUCCUGUCCGCGAUCUUAGAGGAGUCUUUCACCCGGGACUUUGCCCUGGGCGUGAGCGACGUCCGGCCCGCUUCCGUGAUGAGCCUGCUACGAGAAAGCUUGACAACGCCUCGACAGUUCCGCACCGAGAGCGCUAGCCACAACCUGGACCACAUGGUCGAGGCACAAGUCCACGGCGACGUGCGCCUGGGCCGCGAUGUUGAGGCUCUGGUAGCGGACGGGUCGUUCGCGGACGGGGACACAGGCAGGGUCCUCAAGGCCAUUGGCGAGAGAUUUGGAUUCCCGGUCAGGUUCAAUGGCGGCUUCCAGCUGCCCGUGGAAAGCAUACCGCCCAACUUUCGCGGACCCGAUAUGCCGUCUCUGGCCGCCAGGGUGGCUGCGUCGCGGGUCGACGCGCGGACAAUCGGCAAGGCAGCCCAAGAUCUGUUUGACAAUCGAGAUGAGUGGCGCGACAGGGGAACGUACGAAGAGGUCCUGCAGGAGCUGAAGCUUCUUUGGCAUGUGCUGGUUAAGUAUGGUCGGCCUAUCGCUCCGUGAGCAGAUGUGAAGCAGGAUACUCGGCUCGUGCAUGAGGCUCAUGGCGUGAGCUGGAGGCCACAGUGCCGAGGGGCCUGCUAUCAGCUGGCCAUCAGC